AAAAAAUUCCCAUUUCCGCCGUAUUCCCAACCUGAUUCCCGGGAAAGGUUGGGAAUUCAUGGAGGAGCGGGAUGAUGAGGAGUGGGAUGAGGAGGAGGAGGAAGAGGAGCUGGAAGAGCUGCGAGCGCCUCAGGGGGGCAGGGUGAUCGUGCACCUGGACCUGGAUUGUUUCUACGCGCAGGUGGAAAUGUUGCGGAAUCCCGAUUUAAAAACCAAGCCUUUAGGAGUGCAGCAAAAAUCCCUGGUGGUCACCUGUAAUUACGAAGCCAGGAAAUUUGGGAUUAGGAAGCUGAUGGGAAUCCGGGAGGCCAAGGAAAAAUGCCCUCAGCUCGUCCUGGUGAAGGGAGAGGAUUUAACUCCUUACAGGGAAAUGUCCAAUAAAGUCACAGAAUUACUGGAAGAAUUUUGUCCCCUGGUGGAAAGGCUGGGCUUGGAUGAGAAUUUCGUGGAUAUCACAGAGCUGGUUGGGAAAAGGCUCCAACAACUGGAAUUCCAUCAUUCCCAAAUCCAAGCGUGUGGCCACAUCUACAACCAACAAAGGAUUAAUUUACAAGAUCCCCGCCACCUCCAACUCCUCCUGGGCUCCCAACUAGCUCAGGAAUUCCGACAUUCCCUAAAAACCCGCCUGGGCCUCACCUCUUGUGCCGGGGUGGCUCCCAAUAAAUUAUUGGCCAAAUUAAUCUCCGGCAUCUUCAAACCCGACCAACAAACUUUGCUUCUCCCAGAAAACCACCGGGAUUUCUUAUCCAGCUUGGAUCCCAUCCAGAAACUCCCAGGUGAGGGGUUUUAAAAUUCCUGGAAAAUUGUUUG